GGAGGAAGAGGAGGGGGCGGGGCGAGGGCGGAGCCAGCGAACUUUCCGUUCGGGGCAUUGUGGGAAGCAGCCAUGGUCUGAGCGGGCACUCACCUGCCAGCCCCGCGGGCUCCUGCGCUCCGCUCCGCCCUCGCUCGCCCGCGUCCGAGCCGGGCAGGGGCGGCGGCCGGGCCACCAUGAUACAAUUCAUAUUGCUCUUCAGUCGACAAGGGAAAUUGCGGCUGCAGAAGUGGUACACAACCCUCCCUGACCGAGAAAGAAAAAAGAUCACCAGGGAAAUUAUUCAGAUUGUUCUCUCACGUGGCUACAGGAUGAGCAGUUUUAUUGACUGGAAGGACCUAAAACUUGUUUAUAAAAGGUAUGCUAGUUUAUAUUUUUGCUGUGCAAUAGAAAAUCAAGACAAUGAGCUCUUGACACUAGAGAUUGUGCAUCGUUAUGUGGAGUUGCUGGACAAAUACUUUGGAAAUGUCUGCGAGCUGGAUAUUAUCUUUAAUUUUGAAAAGGCAUAUUUUAUCCUUGAUGAAUUUAUAAUAGGUGGAGAAGUUCAGGAAACAUCUAAGAAAACUGCUGUUAAAGCCAUUGAAGAGUCUGACAUGUUACAAGAGGAAGAAGACUUUACAAGGCACUAGAGAAAUCAAUGGUUUGGAAAUUCCGCAGAACAGUGUUUCUUAAAACGUGUUGGUGGUUGAAGUUAUUAUAACGCUUUCCUCAGGUCUUUCACAUGGAAUCUUGUUGGAGAAAACAGACUUCUCACAGGGUCUUUGGUGCUCCAAUAAUGAAAGCUUCCUGAUUUUGGGCCAAGACACCCCUGGCUUAUGUUAAAAUCCACCUCUAACCGCACACUGAUAAACAUAGAGUGUUAAAGAGCUUACAAUGAAUCCAGUUUCUAGUUCCACCAAAAUCUGGGGAACAGGAAUUUCAGGGGAGAGCUCUUUUAUGAUUCAGCACAAUUGUGGGUUCAGUUUUCUGGGGAUGGAGCAGGGAAUGUCAUGGCUGCCCUUAAAUUGUUCUCCUUGAAUGAACACCACCUCCCAAAUAGAGAAAAUGUUACAGUUUUCGUUUUGGGCUCUGGUGCCUACUUCAGUGAAGUCAGAAAACGCUUUGGGGAACGUGUUGAGAAACUGAAUGUAUAUAUAGUGUGCUUGAGAAAAUUGAGAAUCAGUGGAAGAAAACGAGACAAGUGCAGAAAGGAAAAAAAUUAUUGUUGCUUUCUUUGUUUUCAGUUCUUUGCACCUAAACAUAUCUUUUUAGUUCCUCUAGGUUAAGGAGUGACAUUGCCUUCCUUUUUCAAACAGCUGCAAACUUUGUGGUUGUUUUUUUCUUGUUUGUUUUUUUGCAUUACCAGGGAUCAAACUCACAACUUUGUGCCUGCCAAGCAGGCGCUCAUGCCACUGAGCUGCAUCCCCAACCCCUAGCUGCAAACUUUGUAGUAACCCUGAACCCUUCCUUAGUCUUCACUUGAUAAAUUUUCAGAGGGGGGAGAAAAAAGAAAUAAAAAGCAGUCUCUACAUAUUUAGUGUGAAGAAACAGAUUCUCAAAUCUUUAGAUGCUCGAAGUGUAUUCUGCUAGAUGUUGAUAAUAGGGGAGAAACGGCUUGAUUGAUUGGGGAUGACUUACUUGGGGGGGAGGAGCAACAAUAUGGAAGGUGACAUAGCUAGAAGGAAAAAAAUUGAGAAGGGAUAGAAUACCACGGAAGUUGCACUUCCUAGAAUCACCAGUGGGGGCAGCCAUCAGCAAAUCUUUUACACAGUUUGUGAAGGGAUGAUCAAGCAGUACCUCAGAAGCUUAUGUAUGUGUGGAUGCAUAGGCACCUACUUGAUGCACCCCCAACACUGUUACCUUUCAAAGCAUAAACCAUGUUAACAGCUAAGCCAAACCAUAAUGCAGUAGAGAGUGAUCACUUGCACGGCGCAGAAUACAUAAGAAAAUCCCAGUACUAGCAGUAGCCAGGAGCCGCAGGACACACUCGCAGCCUUCCUCCUGGGAAAGUGAGGGCAGAGUUUCUUAAUUUGUGUCAGUUUAAAAAAGUCUGUUCCAAACCUUUCAAGUAGCCAGUUCAAGAAAAUACCAACUCUUACUGGUUCAUGCAUGCUCAGACAGGCAGUCAGUACAGCGUUUAGCAGCCGGAAUCACGGGGCCUCUGACUGACCCAGGCUUCUUCAAGGCUGCAGAAAUGGCCUGGCAUUGUGCUCAGAGAGUUAUACAUUUUAGUCAAAUUUGCAAAAGUCAGAUAUGUUAAUUUAAAAGCCAUAUAAUGAGCAUACAAUAUUAUAAACGAGAGUCAAGCAUUUAGGUAAUGAAAAUAAAAUGCUGUUGUUCUGGAUUUUGUGAUAUUUGUGCUGUUUUAAAUAUUAGUAAUCUGUCAUUUCUACUUUCACUCUAACUUUUCAUAAUAAACUCUUCAUAAUAAACUUUAUGCCUAGUUUUGUAUUGAUAACUUUGUGUUCCUUUUUAAAAUGGCAUGAGCUGUAGGUGCCACAACGCUAGCGUGGGCUCUGGCCAGUGUGACACCCUGAUAAGUUAAUAAACGUAGGUGGCACCUUUCGGGAGUACAGGGGAGAAGUCUUAGGGGUGUGAGCUCCUCUGGGCCAGCACUCAUUGAGAGGGUUCAGAGCUUUAGAAGAAACUGUGGAUGACUGAGUAUAAGAUUUUUGAGUCAUAGAGCCCAGGAAUUCUAAAGAAAGUAGACAAAAGCAGUUAAAAGGACUGAUUCAUAGCCCUGGUUUCCCUUAGGCAAUCUUGCAUAGCCAGUGGCCUUGGUUCCUUUAGCGUGUGUGUCAGUGUUUCCUGGGAUAUUCACGGGAGUGCCAUACACUGGUGUCUAAGUCUAGGAGCACGUCAAGCUUUGAUUGCUAAAGUUGCUGCUGCUGAUUCACGUGGCAGAGGCAGGGUGUUGCUACGGGUAACUGGCAGCCCCCUUGACCUCUCUUCUGUUGAUUGAACCUGCGGCCAUGGUGUUGCACAAACACAUGUGCCAGUAGUAGGAGGCAGUGUAAGAGAAAGCGCCAUCUCUGUGUAACUGCUCUUUUUCAAACAGCUGCAAUUGUGAAUCUUUUUGAAUGCGCCAAAAAAUAAAAUGGGGGCUGGGGAUUUAGUUCAGCGGCACAGUGCCUGCCUGGCAAGCGCAAGGUCGCGAGUUCAAUUCCUGGUACCAGAAAAAAAACAAAAAAUAAAUAAAUAAAUAAAUAAAAUGACCUGUGGCUUGUUAGCAAACUUGGAAACUGAUGAAUAGGAUGGAGAAACAAUUUUUAUAUACUUUUGAGGAAAGCCUUUUCAAAACACAUACCAGAAAUUCUUCAGAAUCAUGUAAUAAAGAUAUUCUGCACAAUACAGGAAAGGAGACAUAGGUUGUACAAGUUCACUUGAGGUUUUUCUAGUGCCUGUGCCUGAAUGUGAUCUCUGUGGUCACUUUAGCAGACAUUUAUCUUAAAUCAACGGUCACAUGUUGGCAGCUGCUGCUUUUGCAUUUCUCUUAUAAAAUAAUCAUUUUGUGACCAAACUUAGCUUUUUCUCAGUUGAAAGUUAUAUAUAGUUUCAGCCAUAUGGUUGUGUGUACAAAUGAUAGUCAAACGUUGAACCCCCUUUCUUGAUUAGAAUGCAAAUAUUUAUGUCCACAUAUGCUUUUGAAAACCUUCUCCGGAAUAGCAAAAAAAAAAAAAAAA